AUGUGUGAUGGGGAGAAGGACUGUGCGGAUGGCUCUGAUGAGGAUGGAUGUGCCCAGCUCUGCGACACCCCAGGGGCCUUCCGCUGCGCAAGCGGAACCACGUGCGUCAGGGCUAGGGAGCGCUGCGAUGGGGUGCCACAGUGCCCCGACGCCUCCGAUGAGACAGGCUGCUGGAGCCCGACGCAGGAGUGCGCCCUGCGCUGUGAUGCUGCCACCCGCUGCGUCCCCGAGAGCUGGCUGUGUGACGGCCAUGCUGACUGCCUGGACCACGCCGACGAGCAGGGCUGUG